CAACUAGCCGUCAUAAUUAUAGCACUAAACUACUCUCUCACAAAAAUCCUCUCUAGUGGUGUUCCAAGAUGACUCGACCACCAAUGACAUCAGGCGGGCGUUCUUAUGGGACAGGACCAACUACCCAACCCUCUGGUUCUCAAGCUGCUGGUGCCCAAAGACAUGUUGCAAACCAUGAACCAGUUGAGAAUAGGGAAGAAGUUGCACAUGUUCCUGUACAACGUGAUGUUCGUGUACUCCACCCAGCUAGACAAAAUGGAGCUAAAUGGUUCAAAAACAACACUGAAGUAUCAACUUGUGUUCGAAAGAUCAUUGAAGGUUGUUUUAGAGGACCAUGGUAUAGCUGGAAAAAAGUACCACCGUUUUAUAAAGAUGCAUGGUUUUCAACCUUUCAGACUAAAUUUGAGUGGGAUGCCUCAAUUGGAAAUCUUGUUAAAGAAAACUUUGAUCAACUUGCCGCUACCCGUCUCAAAGGAAUGGUUAGUCUCGCAAAGUCAAAUGGAGAAAAACCUGAUUGGAUUUUGUCUGAUUACUGGAGGGUAAUGUCUGAGUAUUGGAGAACAUCAAAGGCCAAAGAUAAAAGUGAGAAAGCUCGCGCUUCUCGUCUAUCUAGACGUGAUGGUUUAGGUGUACACCGACACAGAGCAGGCUCACGUUCUUAUGCCAAAGUUCAGGAUGUUUUGGAGGCAAACAAUGAAGACUCUUCUUUCAUUGCUGUGCUGAAAAAAACACACCAGAAAUCUGAUGGAACUUAUGUUGAUGAAAGAGCUCGGCUAAUUGCUGAGAAAUUUGAUGAAUGUGUUCAAGAACGCUUGUCUGAAAUGGAAAAUUCUAGUGGAGAGGAUUUGACAAUAGACAAUCUCACCCUUGAAGAGAAAAAUGAAAUCUAUUCUAAGAUUGUUGGAACAUCAAAACAAGGUCGUGUAUUUGGACUUGGGUCACUCCAAAGAGGUGUUUUAAUGCCUUUAGAGUCUUCGACGGGUUCUCCACUAGGUAGUGCAGAUGUGGGAACAAUAACUCAUCGAGUGGGUGAGCUUGAAGCUGAAUUGCAAAAGAGUCAUGAUGAGUAUGAAGACCUUAAGAAACGAAUUGAAGCUGUGGAGGCUUUCUGCUUCAACACAAACUAGUGUGGCUUAUGGUGUUAUUUCUGGUUUUGGUUUUUGGUGUUAUUUUAUUGGUU